UGGAGGGGAGUAGCCUGACGGCCUACACAGCUGCGCUGCCGCUCCCGGUGCGCCUGCGCGCGCUGUAGGCGGAUCACAGUACCAGGUCUGUAUAUAUGAAGAAUCGCUCAAGAGGACCCUGGAGCCAAAAUUUAUUUUCCAACCGAUAAACAAUGGUGCUAACCAACUCCAGAUUUCUAGAGGAGCAAGUUUGCGCAAAUUCACAGAAUAUCAAUAACGUAAUCCCAUCUGAGUGGCUACAUUGAUUUUUUGAUUUUUCGAAGUUUUUGAUACCAAUUAAGGUGAUGGAUGAUGACGCGAGAUCAGAUUGGUUGAGACUGUUGCAAUACAACAAUAUUUCUAACAUUAUGAAUGCAGCCUAGCGCGAAUCUUCCCGAUGAAGGGUGCGUUCGCCGGUGUCAGUAGCGUGGCAAGGGGUCUUUUCGUGCGAUCGUAGUAUGCGAUACCAUUUCUUCUGGAUUCGGCGCUUGCGGCGCAUCUUGGUUCGGCUUUUAUCGUCGUUGUAACAGAGCGGCCGAAAACGGCCGAGCGCAGUUCCAGAGACAACGUGUGUUUCACAGUGAGUGGCUAGGAUUUAUUCUUUAAUAUAAAACAUUGCAUAAGCUCUUCAAGGAGACGCGAGAGCAGCGAAGAUAGAUCGCUUUUAUGCCUAAUCUGCCCGGUAAUGGCGUAACCCUCUUUCUUCAUGUCUAUGUUGAUGACAUUUAAUGUAAAAAGCGACCGGUUAAUCAAUUGCUCCAACCACUGUGCCGGUGGCACCCUCCUGAAAACUGGGUCAUCACUUCGACCGCUGGGUUUUCUGAGAGCGCGAAGUCGAUAUCGAAGGUGACAAGUGUUGAAAAAGAUAAAGUGACAUAUAAAAGACAUAUUGAUAAUGCGGAAAGUGCGUACUUUCGGCGUGUGACACGUCUGUUAAGCUCUGCUCACAAGUUUUUACUGAAAACAAUUUAGAUAUCUCUUAAUUGGAUGACGAAUACGAUGACGAAUGAGAGAUUGGAUCUAGACAAGCCUUUGUGGGAUCAAAAUACCUUCGUGGGAAGAUGGAAAUAUUUUGCAUGGAUGACCGAUUUCCGCACUUGUAUCGUGCCGGAAUCGCAAUUGUUAGCCGCUAAAAAUUUGUGCGAACAGUACAGAAUUGGCAAGGAGCCAGCCGAUUCUACCAGAGAACAAAUCAUAUAUGCGAAGAAGCUGUACGAGUCUGCCUUUCAUCCCGACACCGGCGAUCUGCAAAAUGUUUUUGGUAGAAUGUCCUUCCAAGUGCCGGGAGGAAUGGCCAUCACCGGUGCUAUGCUUCAAUUUUACAGAACAACUCAAGCGGUGGUUUUUUGGCAAUGGGUCAAUCAAUCCUUCAAUGCGUUGGUCAAUUACACUAACAGGAAUGCUAACAGUCCUAUAACCACCACUCAAUUAGGUGUAGCUUAUGUUAGUGCAACCGUCGCAGCGAUGAUAACUGCGAUAGGAUGUAAAUCGUAUUGGGAGAAGCGUGCGAGUCCGCUAAUGGCUAGGUACGUUCCGUUUGCUGCAGUGGCAGCCGCUAAUUGCGUUAAUAUUCCUCUAAUGAGGCAGAACGAAAUUAUGAACGGAGUAGAUCUCGUUGAUGAGAACGGCAAAAAACUUACAAAAUCAAAGUUCGCGGCUGUAAAAGGCAUUAGUCAAGUCGUCAUUUCGAGAAUCGUCAUGUGUGCACCCGGCAUGCUUAUUCUACCGCCCAUAAUGGAAAGAUUGGAGAAAUAUGCGUGGAUGCAGAGAAUUAAACCACUACACGCGCCAAUACAAAUUAUGAUGUGUGGAAUUUCACUGACGUUUAUGGUGCCAACGGCAUGUGCGCUAUUUCCACAAAAUUGCUUCAUCAAGGCGACUACCUUGCAGCGCUGGGAGCCAGAAAACUAUGAGUUAUUAAAGAAGAACUGCGAGGAUGGCAAACUGCCGACAUAUUUGUACUUUAACAAGGGAUUAUAAUGUUAUGAAAAGUUCUAGUCCUGUCUUGUAUGUUGUUCCAUCCUUUAUAAAUAUUGUUGAAAUGAG